GUUUUGCUUACAGGGAACAAAUUCAAAGUAGUCAUUACUAUACUGAAGGGCCUGGUCCUGGUUCUGGCCACGGACACUACGACAGACUUCGAGGCCAUCCUCCACAACUCGCCAUCGACCAGUAUUCAGACUCAAGCUAUCGCUCAGAUCUUGAGCCUCCACCUGGAAUCUAUGGCAGAGACUACUUUUCAUCUGAGGACCUGGGAGGACCUGAGGGGCACCCAGCCGCUCCGUUAGCUGGGAGGUAUGGAGGAGGAUCAUCCCAUAAGAGGCCAACCAUAGGUCAGGCAUAUGCUUGUCAGAGCUCACCGACACAGCCUCAUCCACCAGAGAAAAAACAGUACAACAAACAAUCUGAUCAAGAAUAUGAUCAAGACACAAGCGUAAAGCAAGGCCUGAGGAGUUGGAGAAUCCACUCCUAUCUUAGCACUUAUGAGGAUGGUGGAGAAGAAGGCCUGCCUCAACCUAUGGGGCCUGAUGCGUUUGACGAGCCUCCACAACCUCAGCAACCAACAGCAACUGAAAGUUCAUCUCAACGGUUUGGAAUAAAGGAGUCACCAAAUGUUCCUUCCAAGCCCAGACCAGAUAUCUUGAAACCACGCUUUGGAAAGCCUAAAUUACCUGAGACCACUAAUAAAGACUCUUCCAUGCCGUCGUCCAGGGAUUUACUUCCCUCGCGCAGUGAUUUUAGGCCAUCUGUACUGGAGAAAAAAGACAGAGAGGUGAAGAGGGAAAAAGAAAAAGAGUCAGACAAAGGUGCAGCGAGGGAGAAGGAUGAAGAUAUGGAGGUGAAAGAGACUCCAGAUCUCUUUCUGUCUAAACACGAAUCAUUCCGCUCACGAAUUAACCCACUUCUUCAACGCAGCUCUCGUCUGCGGUCUUCACUUAUAUUCUCAUCUUCCAAAGCAGAGAUACACAGUGGUAGCUUAGGUCUAAAACCAGCCACAGAGGAAGAUGAGGAGUUGGACACAGGACGCACUUCUUCGAUUGUGGCCCAGUUGCUAGAAAAGAGGAGGUCAUGGUCUCGUGAGCCUUUUGAUUGGCGAAAGAAAACUGAAGAAAAAGACAAGGAGAAAGAAAAGGAGGAAAAAAAGGAAGAAAAGAAAGAGAAACAGCAACAGAAAGAGGAAAAGGAGAUACGAUUGAAAGAUGAGAUUAAAGAAGAACCUCAGAAAACUGACGAAGAAGUAAAGACAACACCAGCUGUGGAAAACCCUGAAGUCUCAACAUCGUCAUCUGCGAACAUGAAUGACCUAGCCAGUCGACUGCAGUAUUUCAACGACCUGGCUGCCAAGAGAAAAGCCUCAAAAAUGGAGACGGAGACAUCACUAAAAGCCCCAGAGCCUGCUGAAAAAAAGCCAGAUCUUUCUGAUAAACCUCCUCUCGACACUGCAACAGCUUCAAAGAUCUCAACUGUCUUCAAUAGUUCUGCAGAAUCUCAACCAAAAAGGCCAGAUAUCUCUGCAAAAUUGGCAGAGCUCACUCGCAGACCUUCGUUUAGUUCAUCAAAACCACCAAUAAUCACUGCCAAGCCUUUUACAAGCUCCUUGAAGACUUCAGAGACAUUGCAACCUCAUAAAGAGGACAAUGCAUCAGAAGGUCAAAAGAAAGACAUAUUCAAGUCUCUGAAGCCUCUCCCUUCACCUAAGAUCUUUAAGAGGGAACCACUGAAGAUUAAAGGGCUCAAUCCUCGUCGCAUCUCCUGCGGUGAGGAGAUUCUAACCACAGAUGCAACAGAUGCAGAGAAGACUGAACUGAAAAAGAACCGCUCUCAUAGUUCUUCAACUCUGCCAUAUGAGGGUUCUAAGGAAGGACUGCAAAACUUUAAGGGAUCUACCACAUCCAUCAACACAGUUGGCGAGGGAAAGAAUGAAGGCAAGACACUUGACUUCCUAAAGAAGCAGACUCAGAGGCUAAAGGGAUUCCUGGGGCCUAAAGAUAAGAAAACAUCGAGUGACGAUAGGGGCAUGAGCGUGGUCAAAGAGGUCACCGAUGAUUCAAGCAAAAAGCAAAGCUCAUUAGCAAAAGAUUCAGCAUCUACCGCUGCUGACCAAACCACAACCAACCACAAGACAUCAGCUGGGACAUCCAUCACGGCCCGAUACCAGCCCCAGGGCAGCUCUUUUGUGUUCAAUAGCAACUUACGAGAUGACACCAAAGUUAUUCUGGGGCAAAUCGCCGACCAGAAAAACCGUCAUGAGCGAGAAGAAACGGGAGGGGACAGAGAUGGUGAUGCAAGAGAAAAGGCGACGGAGAGUCAGAGCACCCUAAAAAGGAAUCGCCGCUGUUUUUUGUAUCUAGUUUGUUGCUGGAAUUUCUGA